AUGCCCAACGUGGGCCUCCAGGCCUACUUAUGGAACCGACUCCCCGAGGAUGCCCGCGUGAAGCGCCUGCUCUGGCAGCAGAAUGCGGGCACGUAUAAGGGGUACCGCGCCUACAUCCAGCAUGUCAAGGGGGCGGGGUUCCCCGAGGUGGGCGCCGAGGAGGUUCUGCGCGCCCACUCCACGGGGGAGUGGACAGCCCAACAGGAGGACCCCAGCAGCCCCCGGCCCGCCCCAUCCUCCCCAACCACCACCCCCCUCCCCACCCCGCGCAUCGACUUCCACCACGCUUUCAGCGCGGCGCGCAGUCCGGUGUCCCAGCUGCGCUUCGGCCGCCUGACGCGCGACCUGCUGGCCUGGGGCGACGACGCCGGCGCGGUGUUCGUGGCGGCCCUGGGCGCCUCGCCGCGCGUGCUGCUGGCGCUGCGUGGCGGGCACGCCGCCCCCGUCACCGACCUGGACUGGAGCGGGGACAACGGCCUGCUGGCCUCCUGCUCCGCCGACGGGUCGGCCUGCCUGUGGGAGGCCGGCACGGGAGCGCUGCUGCGCCGGUUCCCGCCCGGGGUCGCGGGGGACGCGCCCCUGCUGUCCCUCCGCCUCCACCCCGUCAACCAGAACCUGGUGCUGGUGGGCACGGGGGCGGGGGAGGUCCUGGUGCUGAACGCGAGCACGGGGCAGUGCACGGCGCGCGCGCCGCCGGCGGCGCCGGGCGCCGCCGCCGCGCGGCUGGAGGUCGCCACCGACGUCGUGCACGUCGCGGCCAGCGAUGGCACGCUGAGCGCGCUGAGCACGCUGCUGCCAGGCAGCACGGGCGCGCUGCGCCUGGGCCUGCAUGCCGAGCUGGCGCGCGACGGCCAGCUCAGCCUGCACCCCCUGCCCGAGCGCGGGCACGCGCUGGGCGCGGCCCAGCGCUUCCGCCUGCCGCGCGGGCCCUACGCGCCGCGUGCCGCGCUGGGCGGCGGCGGCUUUCGGGCCGGGCGCGGCACGCUGUGUGCGCUGGGCCGCGCCGACGCCACCGUGCACGUGCACGUGCUGGAGGCGGGCGGGGCGACGAAGCAGGCGCGUGGCGUAGGGGAGCCGGCGUGCAUGCUGCGGGGCCACGCGGCGGCGGUGGCGGCGGCCGCCUGGGCCUUUGACGAGUCGUGCCUGGCCUCGGCCGACGUGGGCGGGGACGUGCUCGUCUGGCACGUGCAGGCCUGA